AGCGUUUCAUUGGUUCAUUAGAACGAUCUGGAUUGUGAUUGGACGUCUCUUAGGACGAAAUUCUACCACGCCUCCAGCUGUUAGCUAUGUGUUUGCAGAUCAGCUGAUGAGACGCGACCGACCUGGAUGUGUUUUGGCGUGACAUCCUGGUCAUUAUCGUUAUUUGGAUUGAUUGCCUUCCCUACUCCUCAAAUAUUUGGCGAGAGACACUUUUAGUGCCAGCGUUCUCUUCUCUGAAAUAUUAGUGAUGUAGGCAAGGAAAGUGUUCGAGCAUGAACAGCGGCUUUAUCAGACGCCAGAUGAGACGAAUAAUGGCAGUUUCCACAUGCGUUUUUGUCGUUUUAAUUUUCUACAUUCAAUGGACAAACAGCCAAGUUGCUGUAGAUGUUCACGACGAUCUUGAUGAUGCUCUGGGAGAGGUGAAAGUUAACCUGAAACAGAGUCGACAUGGGCCGCAGUACAUGAUGGCCUUAGAGGCUCCUCAUAAUGAUCUUUCUGAAACGAGGAAAAAUGAAGUACUUGAUGGGCAUGAAGCCGACAAAAACGACCUGGAAGAGGCCAAACUAAAAAUCAACGAGCUACAGACCAAACUGAUGGAGUUAGAGAAAAGACUUCCCAAACAAUUUCCAGUUGUCGACUUUCGCCCCUUUGAUAGGAAAAGAAUAUUAGUUACUGGAGGUGCUGGAUUUGUCGGAUCGCACUUAGUCGACAGACUCAUGCUUGCUGGCCAUGAAGUGACAGUCGCAGACAAUUUUUUCACUGGCCGCAAACGAAACAUUGAGCACUGGCUUGGUCAUGAGAAUUUUGAACUGAUCCAUCAUGACAUAGUUCGACCACUGUACAUCGAGGUGGACCAAAUUUAUCACCUUGCUAGCCCAGCUUCCCCACCCCAUUACAUGUUUAACCCUGUGAAGACCAUAAAGACCAAUACCUUAGGCACCAUCAAUGUCCUAGGCCUAGCUAAAAGAGUUGGUGCAAGAGUUCUCAUUGCCAGCACUUCGGAAGUGUAUGGCGACCCUGAGGAACACCCUCAGUCAGAGACCUACUGGGGACACGUCAACCCUAUAGGCCCCAGAGCUUGCUAUGACGAGGGGAAAAGAGUGGCGGAAACCCUGAGUUAUGCGUAUAUGGGACAAGAAAAUGUCAGCGUUCGAGUUGCUCGUAUUUUCAACACUUACGGGCCAAGGAUGCAUAUGAAUGACGGCAGGGUUGUGUCCAACUUCAUUCUUCAGGCACUUAAAAACGAAACAAUUACAGUUUAUGGACCUGGAACGCAGACAAGGUCGUUCCAAUAUGUGUCUGAUCUUGUUGAUGGAUUAAUCAGCCUGAUGGAAUCAAAUAUGACCAAACCAGUUAAUUUAGGGAAUCCGAUUGAAAGGACUAUCAAAGAUUUUGCUGUGAUUAUCAAGAACCUCGUUGGCGGUAGUAGUGAGAUAAAAUUAGUGGCUGCUGUUGAAGAUGACCCUCAAAGGCGCAGGCCUGACAUUUCAAGAGCCAAACGAUACUUAAACUGGGAACCAAAGGUUCCCCUGGAAGUAGGACUAAAGAGAACUGUUGAGUAUUUCAAGAAUGAGUUAAAGAGAUCGAGGCAUAGUGAGCGCAAUGUUUUUCAGCCUGACAAUGGUGUGCCAAACUCCUAGUGUUGUGUUACAUUGUUUGUGAACAGAACGCACAGAUGCUUUUUUACUACCUUCAUCCUCUUAUUGGAGUUAACAUGUGUUGCGAGGAAGACUGUGAAAUCUUAACAUUUACCUUAUUUACCCUUGGAAUCUUUUAUUAACAAUGAUGUAGCCAUUUGCUCUGCUGUAGUCCUUCUCUUUUUAAUGCAGGAUUGGCCAAUGAGAUUGGCCAUAGCGUCGAUUCUUUAGCAUCACAAAUAAAAAUACUCUAUAGUUCUUUAAAGCUCUGAUCAGCUUUCUGUUAUUAUUUUUUGAAUUUUAUUUAAGACGAUCAAGUAAUAAUUUUAGGCCAGGACUGUUUUACCGAAUUUUGUACUCUGUAAUGACAAAUAAAAUCACAGGAUUUUGGUAUUGAAGAAAAGACAAAUAUUUAUUCAUUAUAUACAUAAAAUUCUUAUCUCGCGAAAUAUUGAAGAAAAAAUACAUCACAAGUAUAUCAGUCUUAAUUAAUUAAACUCAUUCUCCUCUGUUAUCACACAAUAAAUUACACUAUUUUCAAAAAAUGUUUGAUAAAAAAACAAAGACUUAUUCUAAAACACACACUUAAAGUGACAAAUUUUCUUUUACAAGGUUCGUUAAUUGUUACAUCCCUUAUAGAUUGAAUUUGCCUUAUAAGGCGUUAGUAAUUAUGCUUUUUAUAAAAGGACAAUAAAUGUCACACUCUAAAACCA